UUCUCAUAAAAUACAUCUGUCCUUUGUAAAGCCUUAGUCAAUAUGAAUUUCACGGUAUUUACAGCUUUGAUGACGGCUUGGCCUGACUUUCUUCUAACCUGUUGAUAUUUUUGCUGGUGUAUUACAGACUCAGAGAGAAGAGAAAUCAUUACAGAUCGUCUCAGCUAUCUCAUUAUUAUUCCUUUCGUUAGAUAUGAAUAUUCAUUAACUAAGACGUUGUGACGUAGCGUCAUAACGAUGUACCGAUGAUAACUUUAGAUCAGUGCUAUAUGGUCGAGAGCUAGAGCAGAGCUCGCAUCUAUAGUAAUGCUAUUAUAAUACGCUCAUUAUCAUCCCGACCUGACCGAGUGCGCACAAUUGGGUAGAAGGCUGCAGUGCUUAUGAUGUCGUUAAUUCUCUACACCGAAAUCUUCAGCAAGCAAAACAAAGAAAAUAAAAGCAGCUCGCGAUAGUGUUAAAUGAAACCUGAGUUUCCCGCAUCCCUUUCGUGGAAAAGACUACAGGGUGGAUUUUCCCUGAUUUUUCGACAGAAUUAAUGGGGUACCAGAUAACUUCAAUGAAAACUAGAGCAAAUCGUAAUUACUGUACAGUAGUUUUGUAGUAAUAAGGCCAGGCUAUUGCAAUGCGCCAUUUUGAAGCGGCACUAGGAGCUUUAUCAGUAUAGAUGCCGGGAGUUUUGGUUCGAUCGAUGGUGUACAAGACCGGAGAAUUAUAAUGCCACACACCCGAUGGAUAACGUGAAAAAGAAGAAAUCUUCCUUUUCUAUAUAUGAGUUUUAUCUGGAAAUAAUUUCUCAUUAUUAAGUGCAAUAUUUACGAGUUUUCAGUACUGCGGCGGUGUGAGCUACAUUUCAUGUACGGUAGCAAGCAUGGGUGCUUACUAAGGAAUAAUCGACCUCUGAAAACUGAAGUAGGCUCGAAACUGAGUUUCAAAAGUGAAGCCAAGGAAUGGCGCGAACAAAUAAAUGUUGUGCUAUUAUUCGUAUGAAAGAAGAUAACGCGCGAUUUAUUCUGCUUGCAUUUUUUAUUCUAUUUUAUUGGUUGAUGGGUGCGACAAUAUUUCACUUUCUAGAGAAGGAUCAGGAGAAAUUAGAGAGGGAAGAAUAUACGUUGGUUCUUAAUAACUUCACCAUGAAAUACAUAGACACGAACAUUGUUAAACAGGAAGAUUUUAACGAUCUUUUGGAAAGUCACGAAUACGCCGUCACCAAGGGUUUAACGGCUAAACACAGGGAUCGAUGGGACUUUUCGGGUGCAUUUUACUUCGUCGGCACAGUAGUCUCAACUAUAGGUUUCGGGAUGACCUCACCAUCAACAAAUGAAGGAAAAGUCUUUUUGAUAUUGUACGGAGUGCCCGGAUGUGCAGCAACCAUUUUGUUUUUCAAUCUAUUCUUGGAAAGGCUGAUAACGUUCGUUGCAUAUGUACUCAAAGAAUGGCACCGGCGGAAUGUAAAGAGGAGAGCGUUGGUAGGAAACGGUCCGGUUGAUCAGAGAAUUGUAGCAGAAAUCGACGAGGAACUAGAGAGAUGGAAGCCGUCGGUUUAUCGAGUAAUGGUACUGUUGGGAAUAGCAGCAACUAUCAUAGCAUUGUGCGCCUCCGCGAUGUAUAGUUAUGUUGAAGAAUGGGAUUAUUUUGAAAGUUUCUAUUUCUGUUUCGUUGCGUUCAGCACAAUUGGAUUCGGGGACUACGUAACAAGUCAAAAAACUGACUAUGAUAGAACAGCAUUAUACAGAUUUGGAAACUUUUGGUUUCUCGUAGCGGGUGUAUGUUGUAUAUAUUCAAUGUAUAAUGUUGGGUCAAUAGUUAUCAAACAAUUCCUAAAUUUUGUUUUGAAAAAGUUAGAAUGUCGAUGCUGCCAGAAGCCGAGACCACGACCGCGACGAAACGCAAUCACCCCCGGCCAUAUGCGUCAACCCGUCCAAAGGACGGGGAGUGCGGGAAGCAAGAAGAUUCCGAAAAAAGUCGAAGUCCAAGAUGUUGAUUCUAACUACGACAGUGAUACAGAGGUAAACCAUGGCGGUGACGGUCGCCGUAAUUCGGGCGAAAUGAUCUCGCUCAAAGAUUUUCUUGCACAUAAUAAAGUGUCGUUAGCAGUUAUGCAAAAGAAAUUGUAUGAUUCACAGAAUAACCAGAAUAAUACAAGGAGUAACGGAGCUCUCGGUAUGCCUGUUGGCGGAGUCGCGAUUCUGAAUGAUAAGUUGCAAGAGACAGAUCGCCGAGACUAACAUUACGUUGAUAUGCAAAUAUAUUUCAAUUACUCGAACAAACGCCGAUUUAAACAUUUCAAAGCCAAACAAAUGUUAUGUAUAUAAGUUUUACACUUUGUCCAGAAUGUUUCUAAGAUAUGUUUGAGCAUAAGUGGCCUUAAUUUUCAUAUCCCUAGGUCCCCAAUAACAUGGUAUGAAUGUAGGCCUGUACCCAGUGGUACCUAGGGUGUUUCUAAUGUGUAGAUUUCACGUAUGAAAUGUGCGAAGGAAUUCUUAAAACCACAAUCUGCUUAUUGACGGUCAAUCAAUAACAAUUAUUUAUUGCUUAAAAAUAUAGAUAAAACUGACUACUGAGAUUAACUAGGCCUACAUCGUAUUGUUGAUUGCGUUGAAUGCACAAAUUCAUGGUCAUAGCAUAUGUAAAAAAGUAUAUAUCGCUGGAACCUUCGCUAGAUAAAUUUGUAUAUUUGUGUUGUUACAAAAAAUAAUGUCAAACAGUGAUUAUCUAAAUAAGCCUAAUUUUUUUUUUAGCUUUAUGUAUACUUUUAAAUAAGAAAAAACACCUAAACCUACCGUCCCAAGAUGCAUUUCAACUCACUAUUUGCCAAAGGAGUAUGCAACACAGGACUUUGUUCUUUAAGCAAAGAAACUAUAUAUAACACAUUAUUUCUUUUAAAUUAUUAAAUAUUUAACGUGUUUGACUUUAAAAUGUGCAAUCCGCUAUACUUGAUUAUUCGUGAUAAAAAAUACUAGAAAACGUUAAGACUUGACUAUUUAUGGUCAAUUUGUGACGAAUAUAUUUGAAAUAUGAUGAAGCCUCACACUUUCCCAAAAAAGUAAUAACAUUAAAAAUUUAAAAAAGGGCAAAUAAUGGUUUUAAUACUAGGUUUUAAAAAUUAUAUACGUACUCGGGAAGACUUUUUUUUUAGUAGCACCACAUUUGUAUAGUUGUUGGCCGAGGCUAGUGGUUGUUUCGAAUUUGGUGUAAAUGUUUCUGGUAUAGGCCUACCUCCACUCGGCAACCGGUACUGCGAGGUGGUGGUUGUGAUUGUGCGUGCGUGAAUAUACUAUUAUUUUCGAAUAAGCUUCUUAACCCCACCCUCGACAAAAAAUAAUACACUCCUAUGUUGAUGUUAGUAUAUCUUAAUAAUCACCUUUGGCUGAAUAAUGUAGAUGCAUCUGUAUGCGUAUUAUUCUAUGCAAAAUGAAUAGACUUAUCAGUAUAGGGCCUAGAUAUUCCACAUCCUAUUGUUAUUAAGGGGGUGAUUUUGUAAAUAUUAUAAGAUAUAUAUAUUAUAAAUAUAUAUAUAUAUAUUAUAUAUAUCAUUACUUCCUUAUGACUGACUUUAAUUAAAUUAAUGGGAAACUCAGAAAUGAACGAUAGAGUAUCUUGAUCCGUUUGUUUAUUAGUUUUAUUAUGUACUAUCCAAAGCUACAUUUGUGACAUGUGUAUUAACGCGGUUAUAAAUAAGUGCUUAUUUUAAAUUUAUAUACAAUUAGUUAUGAGUUUUUUAUUUGGCAACCAUUUUCACAUUGUUAUUCAUUGAAAUUGGUCACCAGAUAUUAACGUCACAUAGGCUUGAGAUUCUAACAUAAAUUUGGUGUAGACCUAUUAUUAUGAUUUUUGCAUCAUUCGAGUAUCAACUAAGGUUUCAACAUUUUGUGCAAUUUAUCUAUACAUUCUGUUGCAAUGAGAAUUUGGUGUGGACGCUCCAAAAGUAUUGAGCUUUAAAGUCUUGUUUGGGUAUUAUUGUCAGGUUCUUGUUAGCAUCCGGGUUACAAGCGUCCGCUAACCUCAGAGAUUAUGGUGAUACCGUACUAAAAAGCAGACGCGUUUCCCGUAUUCAUUAUUAUUACGAAAAUUGCGCGUCAUAGUAGUGCGUGUCAUACUUACAUUAUGCGUUCAUUUUACAGAUAAUGUUUACCAUGUUUUACUAAUACGGUACGAUGGAAUUAUUAAACUUAUGAAUAUUGUUUGUGAAUUAUCUACGCGUUUACAAGUAAGAAAAACUACACAUCUAGAUUGAUGCCGAUUAAAACCCGAAAGCGCAUUUGAGCAUUAUGUGAUGUCACUUGGGUUUUUAACACACGAUACAACGGCUUUCCAUAAUGUUUGAGGUCCGAUAUCUCUGUAGACAUGUUGUUUUAUUAUAUGAAGAAAAAUUAAUAUGGAUAACUGUGUGUAGAAAUGAAGACAUAUCAGAAACAAACACACAAGUCCCUCCCGGAAUAUACAACGAAUGUGAAGUGGGACAAAACCUAUGUGAAUGCAAUGUGUGAAGCACGCAGGAAAAAAAAGCCCGUAAUAAUGUUUAACGUGAGUAAAUUGUGACCAGUUGAGCAUUACACUGAACGCACAUCUACGUGAUCCAGUUUAAGUUAACCUGGCCAAGACUGGAAUGAUCUGCUGAAAUGGAGCGUACUAUCUGUAAGCUCUCUUGGCGCAAAACUUUCUAUACGUUUUCCAUCGUACCGUAUAAUUAUUACGACUCGUCCGUAUAGUUAUUACAACUCGGAUUUAUACAUUUGUUCCAAUAUAGCAUUUCGUUGUCAAUUUUCAGGUAUGUUCUCUUGAGUGUCAGAUUAUCAGGUCAAGUUGUUUAAUGGCUUCUAUAUUUUGAUCAUUCACGUUUGAAUACAUUAUUUAUUUCACAAUGUUACAUAAUGGAUGCGAUGCGCCAUUUAUAUGACUUUCAAAUAUUGUCAGAGGUAGGUUUUCAUCAAUAUUUUACACAUGACCAUUAAUAAUAUAAACUGCAAUGCGACAAGUUUUAACUUAGAAAAAUUAUCGAUUUACCAUCCUCAAUCCUGUCUAAAUUUCAGGUCUUAUUAUGUAAUAAACCAAUAGAAAUCCGAAUACACAUUAUGCUUAGUAAAUAUAAAUUUAUUCAAAAGAUUAGUCAGAUCAGAUAAGAUAUAUCAGUAAUUGGCUUCACAAAUUGUUUGAAAGUAGAAAGAACUUGUCGAAUUGGAGUUAUGUAGAAUAAAGUACAUUAAAAGGAAACGAAUUGUAAAUAUUGUUGGUAGUUACUAUGGUAACAUAGCUAUUAAGUAUAUCAGAAUAUUUGGAAAAUAAAAUCCUUUCUUUUAAUCGCUA